GGCUGGAUGAGGCUGGAUGGAUGAUUUGGCAGGCGGAUGUAGCCUGGCGGUGGAAUGCCCUCGGACGACCGAAUGCUGACGGUGUUCUUCCCCCUCCCCCCUCUUCCCCGUCUAUGCAGGCCGACACCUCAGCACCGGUGACCAUCCGCACGCGCAAGUUCAUCACGAACCGCCUCCUGGCGCGCCGCCAAUUCAUCGUCGAUGUCCUCCACCCCAACCGCCCGAACGUCUCCAAGUCGGAGCUCUCGGAGCGCCUCGCGGCCAUCUACAAGACCGACAAGCUUCGCGUGGUCACCUUCGGGCUCAAGACCGCGUUCGGUGGUGGACGGAGCACUGGCUUCGGCCUGAUCUACGACGACGAGCCGUCGCAGAGGAAGUUCGAGCCCAAGCACCGGUUGAUUCGGUCUGGCCUCACCACCGCACCACCGAAGACGAACCGCAAGCUUCGCAAGGAGCGCAAGAACCGUGCGAAGAAGCUCCGUGGCACCAAAAAGGUCAAGGCAGCCGAGCCCCCCAAGAAGGGCAAGUAGUGGUUGGGCGUGUUGUACUAUUCCCUGGGCCCUAUCAUUUUUGCAUUGCAUGUUCGCACCACGCAAAAGUUGCUCGCAGCUGUAUCCUAUCGCGUAUGCCCGCUUUCAUCUCCUCCUCCAAUGUCCAUGAACAUUAUGCGCAUGCGGAUAUAACACCCUUUUGCCUGGCGGCGAACCACC